AUGUCGACGACGACGACGAGUUCGAAGGCCAGCAUAAUUGCACGGACGACGAUUACGAUGGAAUACUCGUCCCUUAUGGGCGCAGGCCACUGUCCGCAGGGGAUGUAUAUCCUCCCGUCGAAAGAGGACUUGUUCGUGUGGGACGGAGUGUUCUUUGCACACGAAGGCAAGCUCUCUACCUGCUUCUAUUCAGACGCGAUCUUGAAGUUUCGAGUCACAUUUCCAGAGAACUAUCCCGAUCGUCCACCCACUGUCCGAUUUAUCACGGAUGUCUUUCACCCGCUGAUAUCCCAAGAAGGGGCGUUCAACCAUUCACAUAGGUUUAGGCCUUGGAGGCCAAAGGAGCACCACAUCUUUGACCUCCUCCAUUUCAUCAAAGCCUCCUUCAAGAAGUCUACUCUCGACAAACUCCGAGAAGAGGAAUGUGCCAAUAAAGAGGCGUUCCGGUACCACCAAUCUCCGCAAUCGUUCGCCUCACUAGCGACCCAAUCGGUACAGCUGUCACAGUCAGAAACCGCGCUCUUCGACCGUGAUCACCCCGGCCGAAUUAGAGGCGCGCCUCAUGCCAUCCAGUUCCAGAAACUGACCGCUGAGCAGUUCAGGGAGACCAAAGAGAAGGUGGGGUUGAGGACUGUCACUCGAAAGGAUGCCACUCCUAUAAAGGAAAUUUAA